GCUAUUUUAUUUUAUGCUAUAAAUGUAGAAGUCAUUUGGCGUCGAUUGCCAAAGUAAUUAUAGGGUUAUGUAACAAAAAAAUAAAAGCUAAUAUAUAUAGGAUUAGAUCCAGCUCAUGCAGGGGAAGGGCUAAAAAGAAAAAAGGGAAAAAUCUAGUGAUAUCCAGCCUUAUACACACAGCUCUUUUCUAUGCAAAAUGUGAAUAUCAUCCCUAUUUACAAGGAGAGGUUAUACUUGAGAGGAGGACAUUAACAUGUACACGAUUAGACGGUGGAGAAACACUUCGAGUGUCAGUUUGCCAAGUUGGUGUUUUUUUAAUAUAGGAUGUCUGCUCCUCUAAGAAAUAUAAGUCAGUCUCUCGAGGCAUUUGCUUCCUCUACCACCCUCAUUCCCUCCAGUACAAUUCUGCCACAUGUAACAAACAGCGACACUGAGUAUUAGCCUCCGGGGCUGUUACAUACCCACCCAAAUCGUCCUUAACGGCACCGGAACCCCUAAACCUGCCUGUCUCAUGUGCAUGGGUGCAUACACAUUUCCAAGACUUCCACUUCCUUAACAGUCGUGCACCUGAAACAAACGUGAGCCUGCAUUCUUGCUCUUGGGGUACACACACGUUUCCAAUAUUUCAUGAUUAUAAUUACUCUAGUUUCUGCGUUCUGAAUUGCUUCCAAACUCUACAAAAGAGAGAACCAGCUGUGAGCGGUCAGGCAGUUUUAUUAAGCCUAUGAAGUUUGAAGCGAUCUGGUAUGGAGACAGGAUGGAAGGGAAAUUCUGAGAUAUCACCAAGUUGUCCUCGGUGUGGUUCCUCAAAUACUAAAUUUUGUUACUACAACAACUACAGCUUAACACAACCGAGAUACUUUUGCAAGGGUUGUAGAAGGUAUUGGACUAAAGGAGGAUCCCUACGAAAUGUGCCUGUAGGCGGCGGGUGCAGGAAGAAUAGAAGAGGAAAGUCGUUGAGGCUAUCUUCUAAUGACCACUCUAAGAGUUUCGGUUGUGGAGGCUUGCCCAAUAACUCUAUUAGGCAUCCACAUAGCCAUAAAGGAAAUUCCUCCAUAGAGUCCUCUAGCUCGCCAAUGAUUCCUGAUGGUUCUCAUAUUGAUCUUGCACUUGUUUAUGCAAAGUUCCUGAAUCCACAGCAAGAUUCCAAGAGUGGUUGUGAAGUUCCAGAAUUUACCAGUGAGUUUGAUCCCUCUCUAAUAUUCACUAACAUCUCGAACACAAAUUUAGAACCAAGUUCUCAGUUGUCAGAAGAAAAUGGUCCUGCUGGAUGCCUCACUACCUCCGACUUCUCGACGAAAGCUCCUUUGAGCGACAAUGACCACUUGAUGUACUACUAUAGUUUAGACUCGGCACACAAGCAUCAAGAUCACCAAGAUAGGACUAAACAAUGUACAAGUAAUGACACAAGCAGCUUCCACUUGCCACCGUUGCCAGGGCAAGACACAGCCUCUCAAGAGAUACUUUGGUCGAAUUCCCACCUGAUGGGUAAUCAUAACCUGGAAAUGUCUCAACAGCCAGUGCUUGGACCUGAAACUCAAGAUCCUAAUCUAUUGUUUGGUAACUGGAGUCCCUUCGAUUUGUCUAGUGAUGAUACUUUCUCAAGGUCUUGAUGAAAUUAAUGUGUUACUUC